AUGGCACGAGAUUGCGCCAACGGGCUUGCUAUAUACGUUUUGGGGGAAACGUCGAGGGCGGACGUGACGAUGUUCGGUAUUCGGUUCACGACCAAAGGCGUUCAAAAGCCUCAAGAAACAGAAAAACAAAAACCAAUUAAGAGACUCCGCUACCCGGCCAAAAAAACGAAAGCGACAGUGCGCGUUUGUAGACGUUUGUGCGCCCAGACGACGGUUUCGAGUUUCGUCGCUGCAAUAACAUUACUCGCUGACCGGAGUGGAUCUUCGGGGCACGUAUUCCGCGACGAUAUUGUGUAG